AUGAUGGGCGGCAGCCAAUCGCGCCGCCGCUCGCGAGGGGCCCCGCGUGCGCGCCCCAGCCACACACAAAAGCCCGGGGAGGGCGGGAGGGCGCGAGCCAGCGCGGAGGCGGCGGGAGCCGCGCGCAGGGACCCGCCGGCGGCGGGAGGGGACGGCGCUGCACCCCCGGCACCCCCUGGGAUACGUACAACUCACGUGCUGACACCGGCCGCCGCUCUGGGUUCUGCUGCUGCGUUUUUACCUUUUCCAUUUUUUUUUUUUAAUAAUUUUUUUUUUUUUUUUACUAUUUUUGGCGAAAAGGAAAAACCUCCGAGCGCGCCACUUCCCCGCCGGGCGGCACCUCCGCAGCGCACCCCCCCACUCCCCGCCCCGUUGUAUGCGGGACCCGCCGCGGGGCGCAGCCGAGCGCUGCCCCGGGUUCCCCCCGGCCCCCUCUCGCCGCUCCCCGCCCGGCCGCGCUUUGGCAGCCGAUGUAGGGCACGGCGCGGCGCGCCCCGAACCCCCCCUCCCCACCCCGCCGCCACGGGAGCGGCCCCGCACCGCCGCGGGCGUCGGCGCAGCCCCCGCGGGCGCCGUCUUAUGCUCCGCGCCGCGCUUCGCCUCCCCGCCGCCUUCCCCCCAUGGUGCGGCCCCGCCGCGGUGCCGUCGGCGAGUGGCUGGGCAGGGCCGCGGGGAAGCAAAGCGCCGCGCCGGGUGCUCCGCGCAGCCUGCGAGGGCGGCGGGGCUGAGAUGAGAUAAAGCCGGCGGCGGAGCGAGGAGCCCCGCGGAGGAGGAGGAGGAGGAGGAGGAGGGGCGGCGGCGGCGGCGGCGGCGGCGGCGGCGGGGGGGGUGGUAGCGGCGGAGAGCGACGCGACCCCCGGCCGCCCGCGUGUCGUAUGUUCAGGUCCAAACGCUCAGGGCUGGUGCGGCGACUUUGGAGGAGCCGCGUCAUUCCGGACAGGGACGGCGGAGAUGGGAGCGCCAGGAGCGGCCAAGAACACGGAGCUACCGGUAGCUGCAAGAUCUCGGAGAAAAACCCCUCGGCGGAGAUGCGGGCGGUAGCGCGGAGCCUGCUGCGGGAGGCGGAGGAGCGGCGCGGCGGGGCGGCGGGCGAGGCGGCGCCCGGCGGGGACCCCAUGGCGGAGCGGCGGGGGGCCCGGCUCCGCGCCCCGCCGCGGCGGGAGGGCGCCGAGGGGGCGAGCCCGCGGCGGGAGCGGGAGAGCGACGGCCGGACGGUGACCUGCUGCCUCUUCAAGGAGCGGGAGCCGGGCGGCCCCCCUCAGCCCGGCACCACGGCCGCCGUCGUGGUGGCCCCCCCCAGCCCCGACGGCGCGACCGACGGCGGCUCCCCGGAGCGGCGGGGCCGGGAGGCGCGGUCGCGGCUGCUGCUGCUGGAGCAGGAGCUGAAGGCCGUCACCUACUCGCUGCUGAAGCGGCUGAAGGAGCGCUCGCUGGACAGCCUGCUGGAGGCGGUGGAGUCCCGCGGGGGCAUGCCCAGCGGCUGCGUGCUGGUGGCCCGCACCGAGCUGCGCCUGGGGGGCCAGGCGGCGCCCCCCCACCUGCUCCUGGGCAAACUCUUCCGCUGGCCCGACCUGCAGCACCCCGCCGAGCUGAAACCCCUCUGCGAGUGCCAGAGCUUCGGCGUCGCCGACGGACCCACCGUCUGCUGCAACCCCUACCACUUCAGCCGCCUCUGUGGGCCAGAGUCUCCACCACCUCCCUACUCUCGGCUGUCUCCUAAUGAUGAGCAAAAGCCACUGGAUCUAUCAGAUUCCACGUUGUCUUACACUGAAACAGAGGCUACAAACUCGCCCAACGUCACGCCCGGAGACUUCUCAGAUGCCAGUACGUCACCCGAUGCCGUGAAGAGGAGCCAUUGGUGCAACGUGGCCUAUUGGGAGCACCGGACGCGCGUUGGCCGCCUCUACACAGUGUACGAACAGUCUGUCAGUAUAUUUUAUGACCUACCUCAAGGAAACGGCUUCUGCCUCGGACAGCUAAACCUGGAAAACAGGAGCGAGACUGUGAGAAGGACUCGAAGUAAAAUCGGCUACGGGAUUUUACUUAGCAAAGAACCGGACGGUGUGUGGGCGUACAACCGCAGCGAGCAUCCCAUCUUCGUCAACUCCCCGACACUGGACAUCCCCAACUGUAGGACUUUGAUAGUGCGCAAGGUGAUGCCGGGCUAUUCCAUCAAGGUGUUCGACUACGAGAAGUCCUGCCUCUUGCAGCACACGGCCGAUCUGGAUUACGCAGACGGGCCCUACGACCCGAACAGCGUGCGGAUUAGCUUCGCCAAAGGCUGGGGGCCAUGUUACUCAAGACAGUUUAUCACAUCGUGUCCUUGUUGGCUGGAGAUUUUACUCAGUAACAAUCGAUAAUGGUCAGCCUCUGACGAAAGGAAAAAGAAAAAAAAUGACACAGACUAUCCCAAAUAUCAUCUACCUAGAUUUAAUAUAAAGUUUUAUAUAUUAUAUGAAAAUAUAUAUUAUACUUGUAAUUAUGGAGUCAUUUUUACAAUGUAAUUAUUUAUGUAUGGUGCAAUGUGUAUAUGGACAAAAAACAGAAGAUGCACUUUGGCUUAUAUAAUUCUUUCAAUACAGAUUUUUUUUAAAAAGAAAAAUUAUACAGCAAAAAUAGGAGAAAGCCCUAAUUUUGAUGUAUGGUUUUUUGAAAUAUUAUUAAUACCCAGGCAAAAAGCUAAUACCGGUCACUCAUUGAUAAUAAAGUAUUUGCAUUAUA